AUGAUUGGGACAGAAGUGGAAGUGGAAAGUCUAGCGGAAUCAUUUGUGAAUAAGGUAGAAGCCAUGGAGCAAGAAGAUGGUGAGGUCAGCGAUGCGUCCAAUUGUGAUGUGACGAAUGAUGAAGGUGAAAUAGUGGAUCAACAAACGAACAAAUCAAGCCGUAAAGAGGAUGAUAUAUCAGCGAAGACAGACGUUAAUGUUUCGAAGAAGACAGCUCUUGAAAAAAUUAAAAAAUAUGAGUUUUAG